AUGCCUCCUCAAUCUUAUUUCGAUCUAGCGGCAAUGCCUGCCUCUGUGGAAGAGGUUGUAGUUUCUGGAUUGGAUAGAACGCACGAAUCUAUCGUUAAAAAACAAUUUGUAGGUUUGGUGAAGUCUCAGAACUUACGAGAUCUCUUUCAUAAUGUAAAGGAGGCUAAAGAAAGACUCGUUAAACUUGGCGUCUUCAAAUCUGUCUACGCGGUUGUGGAUGUUUCUGGAGAUAGUUUGAAACCGGAUGCUUAUAAGAUUACUUUCAAAGUUGUUGAAAAACGAUUUGUUACUGCCCGAAUGUCGAUGACACAUGGAACUGAUGGAGUUACCAAGGCAUGUGGAAACGUCCGUCUAAACAAUUUCGCCCGUCAUGCUGAAUUUGCUGAUGUUGAUGUGGAGAUCGGUUCGAACCAAAUGGUUUCUAAAUUUGCAACUAUUUCAAAACCUUUGGAGAAUAAUCCAUACGUUCGUGUGAGUAUUGGUGGAACGGAAGGGAACUGGGAUCAUUACUGGGCUAAAUUUCUACGACAUGAACGUUCUGUUUUCACAGAGGUUCAAGCAGAGUCUUCCUUUGGACUGCAUAAGUUUCAGUGGGAUGGAAUUUGGCGUGAGACAGAAGUCAAAGAUCAUACCGCACCGUUAAGUGUUCUCAAAGAAAGUGGAUCAGCGUUAAAAACCAGUCUUCGACAUGUUUUUGAAUCCGAUGCUCGUCCAGAUCUCGUUUUCCCAGAUUCUGGUUAUUUAUUUAAAGUUAGUCAAGAGAUGGCUUCAGUAACUCCGGGUAGUCAAACGGGGCACUAUACUGUUAAUGGUAAUGCCUCUUCUAGUGCCACUGGGCCCCUAAUUGAUCGAGGGUUACAAUUAAAAUUAGAAAGUUUACUACAAAAACCAUUUCGUUUGUGCGAUUGGCUUGUCGGUGAAGUGACGUUUUCAUCUGGUUUAGUUCAUUCAUUGACUAGGCAUCCGGUACACAUUUCUGAUCGAUUCUUCCUGGGUGGACCAUUAGAACUUCGUGGAUUCCAAUGGCGUACUGUAAGUCCAUCGGAACCAUUGCUUGUCCCAACAAUUCAAACGUUAGGAAAUCCUGACAUAAAUACAAGUGAUAAUGCACAGUUAAUUCCACCACUUGUACCUAGUAACUCAACACCAUCACCUAUUGGUGCUGAUGCUUUCUGGUUGACAGGCGUCCAUUUAUAUACUCCUUUGCCAUAUUGGGGGGCUGAAGAAGGUUCGUUGGCUGCUCAGUUUCGUUUGCAUAGUUUCUUUCUAACAGGUUCUACACUGGAAAGACCAAUUCAAAAUUUACUCGAUUCACAUUCAUCCUCUUCAAGUGCAAGUGAAUUUCGUCAUUGUUUAUUGAAUGAAUUAAGGGGGAAACCACGUAGUGUUGUCGGUGUUGGCUUAGUGUUCCGUUUUGCUGGAAUUUUACGCAUGGAAUUAAACUAUUGUAUACCCUUGAAGAGUCAACCUGGUGAUCAAAUGAAACCUGGAUUCGCAUUUGGAUUUGGCAUGUAUUACAUGUGA